AUGCCCUCCCCGCCCCGCACGCCGACCGGCCACGAUAUCACAGUGCAUGGCCGGCGCUGGCGAGCGAGCGACCCCGCCAUCCCGCCCAAGCUGCGACAGGAGCUCGUCAACUCCCUUAUGGUGGGGAGGAGGGGUGUGCGUUCUGACGGCGCGAAGGGCUCGGUCGCUCGAAGGAAGGUGCAAGAUGCGAAGGUGGCGCUGGGCGAGAGAGGGGUGGAGUGGUGGAUCCCCACCGACGCAUGCCAGAACGAAGAUGUCGAGAAGGGAACUGCAACGAAGGAGGUCGAAAACGACCAUGGCGCGGGAGACAAAGCGACGAAAAACAAGGAGAACAAGCUCUGGUGGCAGCUACCCUCGAAACGGGACGGGCUCCACGCCCGCAUCGACUCCACGAUUCGAUCACUCUGCCGCGCCCGCGAACAUGGCACUGUCUGCCCGUCGGAGGUAUCUCGUGCCGUCGCAGGCGAUGCGACGGAAGACUGGCGCGAGCUCAUGCCGCUUGUGAGGGAAAGGGCUGAGGGAUUGAUGCGCAAGGGACAGAUUGAGAUCUGCCAGAAGGGCGAGAGAGUCGAGCCCGGAGAGUACAAAGGACCCAUACGGCUGAGGGUGGCUGCGGGGAUCGACGAGCCAGGGGGAAACGAGGAAGGAGCUGAGGAUGCGGAUGACAGUGGAGACGAAGGAGAGAAAGAAGGCGGGCAGGGCGGCGAGGACGGCGUCAACGGCGUCAACGGCGGUGACAAGGAUGCGAGGGAUGAAGAGACGUCAGACGAGGGGACGACAGCAAAGGGUAAGAACAAGGAGGAGCCAGUAGCACAGACAACGAGAGGCGGUAAGCGACAGCACACACCAGAUCCACCGGAGGCUGAAUCAGACUCGCUUCCGUUGCGCAGCGGGAAGCGUCGACGCUGA